AUGGUUUCUUCCUCAACAAGAAUGUUCAGUGCAAAAGAAACUCCAGAUUUGGGAUUGCUUAAAUGUGUUGACUCUGUCGAAACUACAAAAUUAAUUGAGGAAGUACAUGUUAGAACCUGCAGACCUCACAUGAACGGAACUUCAACCGGGGCCACUCCAUACUUGUUGGUGUAUGGUACUGAAGCAGUAAUACCAGCCAAAGUAGAAAUCCCUUCACUUCAAAUAAUACAAAAAGCUGAGUUGGACGAUGUGGAAUGGAUCCGCAAAAGAUAUGAACAACUGGCUUUGAUAGAUGAAAAACGGAUGAUUGCUGUUUUCCAUGGCCAGUUGUACCAAAAAAGAAUGGCGCGAGCUUUCAACAAACAUGUGAGAACUAGGGUGUUUCAAAUCGGCCAAUUGGUGCUCAAAAGAAUAUUCCCUAAUCAAGAAGAAUACAAAGGAAAUUUCGCACCAAAUUGGCAAGGCCCUUACAUGGUACGAAAGGUACUAUCAGGAGGAGCUGUGGUACUUGCUGAAAUGGAUGGUCAAAAGUGCCCAAAAGCAUUAAAUUCAGAUGCCAUCAAACGAUACUACGUGUGA